AUGUUGGGGAAUACUUCUCUGCCCAUCUUAAAAUCAGUUGAAGAUUUUCCUGAUGAGUCGAGAAGUGUUGAUUCCUUCCGCAAAAGAAAGCUCAAAUUGCUGCAAGAUGGUCGCUUGUUGUUAGUCCUUCGUUAUCCUCGGGUAUCCAGUUUGAUCAGAAGAGCAAUCUUGGGAGAACUGAUAAGUUUAAAUGAGCCCGGGAAGCCUGGAUACUUUGACGCCAUUCAUAUAACUUCUCAGCUAAACCGUUUCUCAAGAUACGAGUUUAGCUCAGAAAAACUGAAAUCGAAAACCUGCAACUUUGGUUCGUACCUUGAUGAGCUCGAGGAGGAUGGUGCAAACACAUUUAACAGUUCUGAAUUCUGCCAGGUUCUGCGUCGUUUCACUUAUCCUGGAGGACAUUUUAAGAUCGCACUAAACUGGAGAUUUACCAGCAGGUGUUUUUUCGGGUCUUCCCUCCCAGGAGAGGAGAUUAAAACAAUUGAAAGGAGUUGCAACAAUGUCUGGCUCACUAUGCAAAACAUCAUAUGCGAUCAGGAAAUGAACAGUGCCAGGGUUGCUGCAGUAAUGAGAGUAAGUCCUAAAUGGUUGGCUCAAGACAGAGCAGCUACAAUGAACGGCUUGUCAGGAAUGACAAUGUCUAUUGAAGGGACAUGGGAUGCCUCGAAAGGACAACUUUGCAUGGUCGGGUGUCCUGGAAUUGCUAAUUCAGGACUCGAAGGAUGUGAUUCUCGUAUCUCACUGUACUUUCCUCAAUCAUUUUCCAUUAGGCAGAGGAGCAUCAUUAUAGGAAGAAUAUCUAGCAUUAAAAGCAAUUCAUAUGAGCCUUUACUCUUUGAUUCAGAGGUGCGUCGUUCUGAUCUUGAAAAUGAUUAUGACCAGUAUUUUAGGUCUUACAUUUCAUAUAAUUAUCCAAAGAUUGAACUUGCUGGAGCUAUUAAGGGAAGGAAUCGGCUACCUAGAUUAGUCACUAUUAUCAAGCAAUUGUUCCUGAGUUAUCCAGAUGGAUCAAGCCUCCUCACUAGAUUCAAAUCUGAGAUUAGGCGUAUUUCUUAUGAUCUUUCUUUCUCUUGCUAUGGAGUUCCUUUACCCUUUUAUAAAAACUAUACCCCGGUCACAUUCAUGAUACUAGAUGUGCUGACACUGGGUCCUAUAAUCAGUGGUGAUAAUCUCUGGUUGUAUUGGAAUUGGAACAGUUCAAAGUAUGAGGUUAACAUGUCGAAGUCUGAGGUCCUGAACAUUUCACUCUCUCUCACGUUCACUGAAGGACCCAUAAAAUAUGAAGAGAUAACUUACAAAAACAUAUCCACGUUGUUUUUGGAGGGUCUGUACCAUGUGGCCAUUGGUGAGAUGCACUUAAUUGGUUGA